AGGUAUCGCGUAUCGUGUACCUAAUUUAUAUAAAUUUAUAACAAAAAGGAUGUUACUUCUAUGACGAUUUCUAUCUUAAAAUCUGUAUAAUAAUAAGCGUAAUAUAAUGGAAGAAGAAGUUUCAUCUUUUAGCGAUACAAUGCAACUCAACGGCGAGAUCGAAUGGCAACCGCUUGCUCUUACUUUGGUUGAAUAUCCAAAAGGUGAUUGGAUAGGGAAAUUCUUUGCCUUUAUUAGCCUGUCGCCUUUUGGAAUUGGCGCCGGAUUCGUCACGCUAGUUUUAUUUCGACGAGAUCUUCAUACUAUUGCCUUCUUUGUAGGCACACUGGUCAAUGAAGCAUUAAACAUAAUAUUAAAGCACAUAAUAUGUGAAGCAAGACCUCUAGCGCGAGGGCAUCUGUACAAUGAGUAUGGAAUGCCAUCGUCUCAUGCUCAAUUUGUUUGGUUCUUCAGUAUUUAUGUACUGUACUUUGUUGCUAUAAGAUUGCACCAUAUAAACAAUAAUAGUAUAAUAUCUGCGUUAUGGAAAGGCAUCAUAGUCAGCGGAUGUUUAAGCCUGGCCGUGCUCGUGAGCAUAGGUCGGGUGUACCUACACUACCACACAUCCUCCCAAGUCAUUGUGGGGGCACUUGUGGGCUUCCUCUUUGCUACACUAUGGUUCGCCCUGGUGCAUAGAGUUCUGACGCCACUAUUUCCACAUUUAGUUUCAUUAAAAGUGUGCGAGAUGCUGAUGAUCCGUGACACGACGCUGAUCCCCAACGUGAUGUGGUUCGAGUACACCACGACGCGACAGGAGGCGCGCGCGCGCGGACGCAAGAUGGCAGCGCUCAAGCCUGCUCAAUGACGGUACGCCGCGCCGGCGCCGCGGCUCAGCGCCGGGUCGCGGCGGCCGCGCGCGUGACUGCUGGCGGCGGCGGCGCUCGUGCUGCUCGGCGCCGUCGUGCUCGCCCGCUGCACGUGCCAGCCACCACCGAGAGACGCCACCGCCGUCGCCGUCGCCGUGCCUGGCUUGCCUGGGUAUGAUACCUAGACGCUAUUUUAAACGACUUGUAAAAAAUUAAGCUAAGGAAAAAUGUUAGAUUGGUCAUACUGGAUUUACUGUGCUCGGUAUCUAGUGCCUGCGGAUUUUUUUAAUAGGGUUGACGGACUGUCAAAGGUUUUUGAGAUGGUGUUAGCGUAGGGUUCCCCUGUUUCUAGCUUUUCAGUGCGAUUUGGCUUAAAUGGCGAGCAUCCGGGUCAUGAAAUUCCAUUAAAAAAUACUAGUAUUUGACAUCAUUGGUAGGAUUGACAGGGAGACCUUGCUGGCAUUACUGGCGCCAUCUGUAAAAGGCUUCGAUCGGUCAUCCCCCAAAUCUGUUGUAUUUUAUAAUCUAAGCGGGAAUAGCAGGAUACACUUUAGGUACAUCUUAGGAAUACAAUGAUUCAGUUUUUUAAACUCCCGGGCACCACUGAGUAUCAUAUUUACAUAUUCAAGAUAUAAUAUAUAUUUACGCUAGAUGCCACUAAAAUCGUACCUAGUUUGAAAAGCGAGAUCCGCAAAGCGUACAUCACGCUUUUUUCUAAUUUAGGUACACCUUAACUAAAAUUACAUGACACCAUUGUGAUUUUUCCGCUUUACCGUUAUUUAAAGUACUUAGCUUGAUUAUUAUUUUAUUUGGAGUCACGGUAGACUUAAAACAUUAGUUGUGUUGAUUGCAGCUUACAUUAUUUUUACGCAAUACCUAUUCCUUACUCCAUUUUGCCGUUUCCGAGUGAGUGGCGGCAAAUUUUAUGAGCAAAUACGAUUUCACUUGUUUACUCACCGAUGACUGAGGUUGUGAAACAGACUUCUUUCAUUAAACAUCCAUAACCAGUUAGUUGUAAACCAUUACUCAACAUGCAUAUACUUAAUCAUGCAAAUUACUCGUCAAAUAACUUUCAAACAGUAGCUAUAAACGCAAAGCUAUACGCAGAUGGCGCUGUUGUCUAACGGUUUCUAGAGAUAGUUGAGAUUUUGUAAGUUUGAAUUCCGGGCUUCAAAUUAAAAAAAAUCCUCGAAAUAACCACUAAUAUUUUGAUAGUUUAUAAUUUAUAAUGUAUGCAAUUGCAAAUAUAUUAAAAAAAAAGAAAAUCGUUAUUAACAAAUAUCGCGGAAAGAUAAACUACAUACUACAAUAAAAUGCAAGUAACAAUCUGUCACUUUAAACCUUUCCCUCUAGGCGCCCUCUGCAGUUAGCAAUUAGCAGCUUUAUAGUUUAAGCCUCGGUAUAUAUAAAGCUACUAAAAUUAUAACAUUUACAACUUGCUAUCACAUAGCCUUUAGACUGCCAAUGGCUGUUUUAAUUAUUGAAAGCCUUGUCUAGUUGCAUAAUUAUCUGUAUAACAUGCAAAAAAGACGCGUAACAGGAUUGUUGAUAUUAAAUUUAUUUGAGACGAUGUCAAGGAAAUUACUUCUUAAGUAUGAAAAACUUAUUAAAUAAGCUUUUAUAAUAGUAUGUAUUUAUAUAUUUAUAUUUGUCUUUUUGUUGUUAAAACGAUAUAAGGAAUAACGGGAAUCCAAAUUUAACUAUUGAUUUAUUGCCAAUUCAACACUCAUUUAGGUUAUUUCUUUUACAUGAAGAAAAAAAAAUUUUCUGUAAUUGUAAUUUCCUGACGUACAGCAUUGUCAGCUGCGAAGAUACCUGGCCCCUUUGUAUACAAAUUUGUAUUUUAAAUUUAUUUUAAGCUUAUAGUUAAUAAAAUAUUAAAUCUGUAUAACUGUGUCAAAAAACUAUAACGAGGUUGUUGUUGUUAUAAGUAGAUACUCGUGUAGUGGUAUGGUUUUAAAAUGUCGGAAUCUCAUGCGGAUCCCGACAUUUUAAAACCAUACGAUUAUACAGUCAUGGAAUUUAGAGAGGCGAAGGAAAAUGAUGAAUAAAUAAGUAAUGCACCCACAGAAUAAAAUUUAAAACUUAAAUUGACGCUGACAGUUUCUUAUCUAAGUUUAAGUAUCUACGCAAAUGUUGUGUGUGGUGUGGCCCCUCUCCACUUUAAGUUGUUUAAGUUUAAGUGCAAUGUUAUAACAUUCAUUUUUUGUGAGAUUGACUGUCACUUAUAUCUAUUCGAUAAAAAAAGUAUUUCGGUAGUUUUAGCACGAGUGUGCCGCGACAGUAUCUCGCAGACAGGAUAUAGACGGGUGGUCUAUAUCGUCGCGCGAGAUACUGCCGCCGCGCAUUCAUGCUGCCUACAGGUUCUUUAAGGUCCCUUAACUUACACUUAAUAAAAAAUCGUACAUGAUGUAUGAAUUUGUCUUAUGAAGCAUAUCUAUAAACAAUUAAACUGACCAUAAUUUCCUCACUUGUUUUACCCAAUGUUGUUUCGCAAUGCAUAGUAGGUACCUAAGAAAAGGUGUAAGUUCUAAGAAAAAAAUCGUGCUUCAAAUUUGACAGUCGCUGUAGGUAUGGACUGUAUGGAUGGUGUCGUAUUGCGCUAUCUAUUUCGAAUGGAAAAGUCUGGGAUCUUUCUUAGACACUCUUUUACUACUAAUAACUGUUUGGAAAUAGUAACCGAUAUCCGCAUAUAUGGUACAAUGAUAACAAUCAGGCUAGGGCAGAUAUAAUCUGUAUUAUCAAUGAUCACUGUAUACUUGAAGUAAUCAAAUAAUUGUAAGCCGAACCCGCUUUUGUUAGUAACAAAUGUAUAAUUUUGUAUAAGUAAUAAAUCGAAUAUCACGUAUUCAUCUUCAAACCAUAAGUAGUAGUUCAUAGGUACGAAUGUGUUCAAUGACGCGAAAAUAUCUAAUAAAUUAUGUAGGUAUUUAUUAUUUCUAGUCUAAGAUAGCUUUUUAUAAUGUUUGAAUAUUUACAAAAGUAAGCCUUGUGGAGGUUUCUGACUAACAAUCACACGAUUGAUAAUCUUACAAUUUACAAUUAUUGUAAGAAUAUAAGAAUAUUUAUUUAAAAGAAAAAAACUUAUGAACAUUUAUCAAUGUCCUGAGGCCCCACACUAGGCUAUGCCUGUCACGUGGUAGCCGUUUUAAAUUGAAAAAUAGUCUAGCAUCGGAAAGCAGUAAAACACGUACCUACAUAACAUGCAUAAAUAUUACAAAACUUAUGAUACAUAUUAUAUACAAUUAUUGGUUUUAGAUUCAGAUGCAGUGCCUAUACGGGUCUCUCUCUGUGUAAAUUUUACCGUACGCUUAUUUACUAUUUCACAGUCGAUAAUUAACUAAUAGUACAUACACAAUUUGAUACAUAUUUAUAAAAAUAGAUAGCAGAUAGCUUUUUAGAUUUGAAGUGGAAUACUUUUGUGUGUUGCAAGUAUCGCAAAGCGUAAUCUACCUAAAUAUGUAUCAUAGGUGUCGAUUACUCGAAUAAUAUAGGUACAGUCAGCAGCAGAAGUCGCUAUACACUCCAGGUGCUCAAAGAGAGGUAAACGUUUAAACUGUCAAAAAGUUGUUGACUGUCAUGGUAGUAUUUACUUGUGAGCGCUCAACGUGUCACAAAUAUGUUAACAGUCGCUAUUCAUUAAUUUCUACACUUACAACAAGUCAUUGAUACCUUAGCUGUCAAAAAACCAAUGGUAUCUAAGCGGUCAACGUGUCAAAUAUAUCUGAACAAUAUGGAAAAAUAGACUUUAAAGCAUACAAGUAUGAUCGAAUAUUGAAUAAAAGAUAGCCAUGCUAAUUUCAGGUAAAGCGUUUUGACAAUCAUCGAAAGCAGUACAGUCUUGUCAUCACAUACAUCUAUCUCACGUUUUGCCCUUCAACCAUUUGACAGGAGCCUCUCGGUCAACUUACUGCAAACUAUUUCUUUUAACAGAAUCGUCAAGACGAAUGACACAUAGCAAAAGCUAACUGAAGCCGAAUUUAGAGCCAAUUGUCAAGGCACGUCGUGGUCUCAGUAACAGGCGUUUGCUUUUCAAAGCAGAGACCGCGGGUUCAAAUCUCAGUCGUACGCACCUAGAGAUUACAGCUUUUUUUUUUUGUGUUUCAUUUCUAUUAUUAAUUUGUGUCUUCUGGUUUUAUGUUAAUUUCGCAUUAGUGUAUAUAAUUUUUGAAGAUAAUGUCACAUGUAGCGUAUGUACGACUUUCUAUCAGGACGUUGUAGGUUUCAACCCGCAGUGGGCGUUACUUAGAUUACUCCUGUGCGGAAUGCCAUUUGAUAUUUACUACUCAAAAAUCACGUUUGUUGUAUGGGAGCCCCACUUAAAUCUUUAUUUUAUUCUGUUUUUAGUAUUUCUUGUUACUUAUAAUAUCGUCAACAGAAAUACAUCAUUUGUGAAAAUUUGAACUGUCUAGCUAUCACGGUUCCUGAGAUACAGCCUGGUGACAGACGGACGAACGGACGGAUGGAUGGACAGACGGACGGACAGCAGAGUCUUAGUAAUAGGGUCCCGUUUUACCCUUUGGGUACGGAACCCUAAAAAUGCUGGUCUCUUCGAAAACUGACUAAAUUAAAUUAAAGGAUAUGAAAACAAUGCAUUUUAUUAAUUUCAGACAUCAUGUUUCAUAGUAACAUUAAUUGCUUAAGACCUUCACAAUCGAUAUCUAAAUAGAAAUAGUCUUAGUUUUGUUUUUCAAAACGUUCGGGGUUCGAUUCCCGAGCUGAGUACACAUUUUUUUAAAUGUAUGAAUGAAUGCAGUUUUUCGUGUUACUAAAAUCGAUGACAUGAUUCCUAAGAAGAGAUCGGUGUAUAUCGUAUAGUAUCAGAUUUUCCCAUACUGGCCGAUCUAAAUGGGCCACCCUGUAUAGUAUAUUUUACUACAAUAAGUGGGCUAAAUAAAUAUAUUAACAUAGGUAUAUAAUAUGAUCAACGGUUUGGAAGAACAGCUGCAUAUGACAGUUAAAAUAAAAAAACCGAUCAUUCUAGUCUUCGAGCAACACGGAAGGGAGGCGGCAUUCGCACUAUUUCCCCUCUGCCGAGGUACAAGAUUAGUGCGUCAAAAUAAUCUAGCGCGGGUAAUAAAACUAGUUGCACUUGGAUUUUUCACUAGACCGAGUCCAGACGCGCGCGUGAACACUGCUGCACAAAAAUGCCUGUUUGCUCGGUUUUUUGUUAUAAAAAGAGGUCGGGGACAUCAAAUUUACAAAAAGAAAGUGUUACAUUUCACAUGUAAUUUUUUUUUUACAUAUCAUACGUUAAAUUACAUUUAAAUACAAUUAUUAUAUUUUAGUCUCAAGUAAUUGUUGGAUUUAUCGAUUUUGCUCGCUCAGUACAAAUUGCGGAUCGGUCGAGCGACAAAUCCGACUUUUCAUCUCUCAGAAUACAAUGACAUACUUCAACGAAAAUGUGUUAGUGUGCGUGUUGUGACACUAGUCACUUGUCCGUACAUAAAAAGAGAUCGAGGUUUGCAAGAUUUGUCUUUGACGUGUGUCAUUUUCUAUGUAUUUGUGUCGUCAUUACAGAUUGGAUUUUGUACGUAAGUGUGUGAGAAAUGCGACUGUGUGCACCUUUCCCCCCGCGAAAAAUGGCAGAAAGAUUUGUACGGCGAGAUAUCGCUUGGGCCCCUCCCUUCCGACGUGUCGGAAGCCGGUGUUGCUCGAAGAUUCUAGUAGAACCUACUUAUUUAUUGUAUAAGUUUGACACUUAACGAUAAAAUACUUCUUUAAGAAAGGAGGUGUCAAUUCGUAGUGCUACAAUAUUUAUUUUAAAGUUAAACAGAUAAAAUGUUGAUGCUUAGUUACCAUUGAAAUAACAACUGCUUAGCAACUGGUGGCACCCUGGCUGCUGACGUACGUGAUUGGCAGUGCGUGUAGGUAUUAAUGACAGCAGCUUGAAUUUGAUUGCUUAGUUACCACUGACUUUUUAACCGUUAUUGUCAUUGUGAUUAAAUAAGGGUGUAUGUGUUAAAGAAAAACUCAGAAGUUAAGGUAUUUGUGACGAACUGAAAGCUUACGUGAAAAUGACAUCUUAGAUGUCUUUAUUUUUGUGACGAUUGAAGUGUAUAUGUUUUCUUGGACACCUUGCCCGCUCAGGUAUAUCUGCUGCUGACUGUACCUACUUCAUUUUUAUGUGAUUAUUUCAAGUGCGCAAAGUACUGUCUCCAGCAGAGUUUGGUUACCUUUGACCUACCUGGAAAGUUUCAAAAUUAUUUAGACACGAAGAGAACAUUGUUAAUGUUAGAGGUUCUUAGAUCACUACGGUCGCUUAGCUAUUUUUGCUGACCUCUGAUUGCUAAUGGUUACAAAUCAGUAGCCUCACAAUAAUAAAAAAAUAUUUUCUCUCUACUUUCACAAAUUUUAAUGGCAGUAAUAAGAGUCUAACUCAAUUUUUUUUGGCUCAGAAAUUAGAUAUUUUAUCUACUUAAUUAUGUGUGUUUGUAAUGGUGCUUCCAAAUGUAUUAUUUGUGUGCAUUGGCUUCAUUGUUUAGAAUUUAGUCAUUUGACCCUUUUGGUAGCAAAGUACAUAUCCAUCAUAAACUCCUAAUUAAGGCCCAAAAAGACAACAGACGCUCUCAUGAGUCGAUUUAAAUUUCUAGAUUGGUGCGGAUUGAAAAGGGUUGAAAGAAAAUUUCCUAAAAUUCCAAACUGGCAUGAUUACAAUUAAAACAAAUUCACAAAUUUGUUAGUUGAGUGCACAUUAAUGGCUUGCUUAUAAUGCUUAUAUCGUUUCGUUCCACACAGAACUGCGACAAGUGUAGUAAUCAUUUACUUAUCUAGUCUUAUUAAAUUGUGUUUUAAUCUGUCCUAAACUUAUGUUAUUCCUUAUAAAAUGUUAUUAAUAAAUUAGGACAUAAGAUUAUUUUAAAUCAUGCUCAAUAAUUUUAUUUUUAAUGUAUAUAUCUUUAUUCAUCUUUUAAUAAGUACUGUUAAGUCAGUGUAUAUUAGGCGACACAAGAUAACAGGUAGGUAUUUCUGUGUUGGCUAUCUACGACAAACAUAAUAAGUACACCAAUAAUACUAAUAACUGAUAAAACUUAGUACCUACUUACGUGAAUAGUGACAUCCUCUCGGAAAUAGCGUGGUAUAUGAAAUAGAUAGAUGCCCUAGAUUGCAGCCUAAAUCAUGUAAUCAGCUAUAUAGUCUUGCAAUUUACAUGAUAUAAUAUGAACCGGGACACAUAAACUAGAACUUGAAUAGGUAAUGUUAUCAUAUUGUCUCAGUAUUGUGUAUUGUCAAUUGUCAUAUCCUAUCAGUGGCGAGGCGUUUGUGAAACUAUAGUGAAAUUCUAAUAUAAAUCCUUUGAACGCCAAAGAACGCAUAAAGUCGAUGUGAGGAAUCCUGUUUACAGCACCAAGAACGCCAAUAUAACAUUUAUUAUUAAGGUAUAUUCGGGUAAUACCGAAUGUCGGAUAAUUCCGAAAUUCAGAUGAAAAUCACCCUUAAUUCCAUCGUAAUAAAAGUCUCUUUUCGGAAUUAUCCGACAGUUUUCGACAUUUGGAAUUACCCGAGUAAACCUUAUUACAUUCGUAUUAUGUACCUUCCUGCUUUCAAAUAAGGUCCAUUUCGGCUCGCUUACGCCUAUGCCUUUUGCGUUCGGGUGAAAUUUUUGUGUAGGUAUACCACUUCUGGCGUUCGACGGGUCAAUAGAACUAAUAGAAGUAUUACUGCAAUGUUCUGCCGCCAGAGUGCAACACUAGCGCAAACCGUAAACCAUAGAGCAACUUAGUUUUUUGUCAAGUUUUUACAAAUUAUUUGCUACAAAUAAAAUAUGACAUUGAUGAUUCAAGGCGGUUUGUCUACCGUCAGUGCUAGUGGCGCCCCCCACGCAGAGUUGUGUUAACACUAUUCCUGUCCAUUUAUCCAAUAUUCCAAAUACAUGGACCGGGAAAGUAUUAAGGUACCGUUAAAAUUCGUGUCUUUGUGAAAAAGCAGAUCAAAAUUAGCUUCGGCUUACCUCUGUCAAACGCCUCGCCAUUGCUGUUGAAAGCACCUUCGCCGGAAAUGGCGUCUCAAUUAUACUCUGUAUCUUUCGGUAUUUAAAUAAAAGUAAACAAAAUCUACCCUCUAAUGGCUUCUUAAGCCAGUUGAGGGGAGAAGAAAACAUUACACUAUCAAAUAAUGUAGGUUAAAGUCAGGUCGUUCAGUGAGUGAUUCAGGCGGUUUUGUAAUUGGUCGGUUAACCAAUAAAUGUUAAAACGACCCGAAAAUGUACAAAUUGUUUAUUUACUUUUAUUUAAAUAGCUAAAGAUACAGACUAUAGUGACCACAUCAAUUUACCAAUGAUAGAAAGUAAACAAGCGAAACAUGAAAAUAAUAUCUCUUUGGAGGUACCACUCGAAUUGGUAAUAAAACAAAAUAUGUAAAUACUUUUUUCUGUACAAAAAUUGUAAUAAAUUUUUAAUAUUAUA